GUUUCCCUCCUAGCAGUCAGAGACCCGCCAAACUUGGAAGAGUAAGGACUGCAAAUAUAAUCUUGGAAGGAUACAAUACAAAUUUCCACUGUGCUUAGUUGUACAUUGGCGGUCGUCGGAGUUGGUCGUGUGGACAGUCCUUAGUGCUAGCCUUGGCAGUUGCUCUUGAGAUCUCAUCUUUAGCAGUUCACAGAGUCACAUGCCCUGACAAGUGAUAGAACCCACCCACAUUUCGCGAAAUCGUAUCGGAACUUUUUAAAUAUUUCUGAGACAGGAUCAGACUGUGAGAUUUUUAUCUAUAGUGAACUUAGUGAGAAGGAUUCACUAUCUUAAGAAAGUUUUCUUUGUGACUCUGUGCUAAAAGUGUUAAGAGUCAAGUUGCAGUGGUGCAAAUAAAAAAAAGAAGAGUUUUGUGCACGAACGAUCCGGUGAAACCUGCUGACCCCGACAAUUCCGGGAAACAGCUCAAUUAAAUGAUUGUGUGAGAAAUAUUGCCCCUCAAAAAAAAAAGGCGAUCCAUCGAAUUUGAACGAGUAGCGGUGAAUUUGGAGCAACGUACGACAAUCGCAAAAAUUGUCUUUUAUGGACCUUCAAAGCGAACGAUAUUUGGCGUGGAACAUGAUGUCCACGGUGCCGGCCACGUCAAAGGGGAAGCGUCCCCUGAGACAUCUAACCGCCAGCGAUAAGAUCGAUGCCAUUCAGCGGAUUCACGAUGGGGAGAGCAAGGCUUCUGUAGCCCGAGAUAUUGGCGUACCAGAGUCUACAUUGCGUGGAUGGUGCAAAAAUGAAGAGAAACUGCGUUACAUGUCGCGUCAGUCCACUCCCGAUAAACCCACAGCGGACAAGAUGAUGGACAAACUCGAUGCUGCCCUUGUGGCUGCAGCUGCGGCAUCAGAACUGCUCAAUGGACCACCUGAGAAGAGAGCAAAACUGGACACAUCUCUGCCACUGAACUUCUCGGCAAAUGGGAAAAUCAAGUAUGAGGAUCCCUACAAUCGAUCCUCCCUCAAUGGUCUCGAUCUCAGUGAUCACAAGGGUCUCAAUGGGGGUGAUCUUCAUCUCAAUGGGCUCAGUGCAGAUUACAGUUCCUUUGCCAAAACCGCAGUUGAUCUCUCAGCCAUGCAAUCCAAAGGGAAGGACAUCAGCAUGAAGGGAUAUGGAGCUGAUUUGACAAAACCAACUGAUCCCUCCAAGUCAGACCUCUCAAUGGCCGCUAUUAGUCCCUUGUCAAAUUUGACGCAAUUCUCAUCGGUUGGCGGUUUGGGGACCAGUCCAUUGGCAUUGAGUUUCAAUGAUAUCGCUACCAAUCUCAAUAUCCUGGCUCAACUGCAGAAUCCUGCACUAUCAGCCAUGCCUGGACUUGGCUCUCUUACAUCAUCAUCGCAAUCUCUGCGUUCAGCUAGACCCAAAGGAUCAGCUGCACAGAACAAUCGAAAUGAGAUGGACAAGAAUCAGGGACUGACUGUGAAGAAUCUGGCCAAGUUGCAGCACAAGAAUACCGUGUCAACGGCGAAUGAUUUGUUGAAAAUGAGCCUGGACAAGGGGAAAUAUAAGAUGAGCAGUCCAUCAGGGAUGAAUAGAGAUGCUCCUAUGGAUGAUUCCCUGUGGUACUGGCUCAAGUCACAACAAUCUAUGCUGGGGAUUAGUAGUUUGUAUUCUACAAUGCCACAGACAUCUAGUCCACUUCAUCGCAACACACCGCCAACACAGAGUCUGACAACUGCUCACACUUCCACCCCGCCCGUUGCUGUGUCCUCGCCACAGAUCACACCACGCUCCUCUACGCCAUGCGGCACCUCCGAAGACACCAAAAACCAGAUGUGGCUGUGGAAUUGGUACAAGACAAUGGGAGCCACCUUGAUGGGCAAUGACAAGCAAUUUGGGCAGCAGCAGGCUUCAAUGGGUGGCUCUAGUCCUUCAAUGGUACAACUUCCACAUUCCACGAAUGGCAUUCUCAAUGGAACUGGCAAGCAACAGAGUUUGUACAACAAUAUCCUCUUUUCGCAGUUGACCAAGGAAGAACCCACCACGGUUACUAAUUCAGAACCUGAGGAUCUAUCACAUCAUCCGGCGGUUUCUCAGGCCGCUACGACAACUGUGACAUCUGGUGAGGAGCAUCUUCACAGCGAGGAACGCGGUGAUGCUUUGCCCCUGUCGGACUAUUCCUCAACGAUAAAGAAUGAUCCGGACGCCAUUGCGAAGGCCAGUGAGUCUCCGUCACUUCCCGGAGAUGGUGACAAUACUCAACCGGCUGAUGCUCCCGAAUCAGCCACGGAGGACAAUGACAAGUCACUGACCAAGGUGCGUGCUGUGCUGGAUGAUCUUCUCUUCCACAAUAACAACAACGAGAUCAAAGUUGAGCCCACUGUAGUUUCCAGUCCGGUAAGCAGUGUUAUUGGUUACCUGGAAGCUGUGGAGCACGGUGAGAAGUUCCUUCAGUGGUUGGAAUCAUGCAGUGAUCCCAAUAUCACAGCUAUGCAAGUCAUGCAGUUCCGCUACCUACUUCAGGGCAUCCGGUUGAGUCUCAAUCGAUCAACCCGAGAUGAGAGACGCGUAAAGAUUCGCCGGCGCAAAUAGGGUCUACCCAAACGUACGACAGCUGAAUCACCGGGGUGCGAGGGUGAUGCUGAGGAGGAGGAUGACGAUACGGACAGCUGGUACGAUGACUUCAACGAGGAGGAGGAGGAUGAUAUGGUGGAUGCAGUGGAAGAUGAAGUUCUGGAUCACGACAACGAAGAUGUCAACCCUGAAAUAUUCUAUCCACCAUCCCCAUUGUAAGGAUCUCUUUCGCUCAAUUUCCCCGGAAGCUGAUCAUUAUCAUGCUUUCCCCUACCCUGACCCUCCCAAAAAAACCACAAUCUAUGUACAUAUUACAGGAAUUAUCUCCCAAAAUGAUCACAUUUUGUGCAUAUAGUUGUAUAGUUACUGAAAAAAUAUCAAUCUUCCCUAUAUUUUCCCUCGCGCUGAAUAUUUCACAAAGUAUUCUAACGAUAUAAUCACCUUACGCAAUUUGAUACUGUACCAAAACUUGUACAAUGUUAUGCCCUCGACAGACUUACGACUUAAGCCGAGAGACGGCUUAGUGGAAAAUGAUGGAAAAGUAGUUUAACCAUUAUUGCGAAUAUAAUUGCGCUAAGCCGUCUCUCGGCUAAUCCUCAGGUCUGUCGAGGCCUUUACGCUUUCUCAAGAGACUUUUAUUUUGAAUUUUUGGCUAUAAACCUGCUACUGUCUCUCUUAAAACAGAAUUAACUUUUCUUGAUUUACCUUAAAAACACACAGAAAACUUGUUCCACAGAUAUUAUCCAACAAAAGAAAAUGUAGAAAUUAAUCGUACAAAAAAAUGGAAUACGAAUUUACAAUUGAAUUAAAGAAAAACUAAAAUAGAAAUGAAACAAUUCAAAGAUAUGCCCCAAAAAAAAUAGCACAACUCCACUGAAUAUCCCAAAGAUUAAGAUGAAAUUCAAGUAUUCAAUUUAAUGUGUAAUUUAAUAAUUAAAAGAGAAAUAAAAAAAAGUGUAGAAUGUUUAUAAGAUUGUAGACAGAAGGAGAUAUCAGUACAGUGAAGAGAAUAGCGUAAAUUAUAUCAUGUAAAUAGGACAUUUUAAGAAAAAUAAUCGUUGAAGCAUCACACACAGAGAAAAAAAAUCCAUUAAAUAUCGCAAUGUAUUAUGAAUACCACAAAUAAAUAGAGGAAAUAGUGCUAAAAA